CAGACGCUGAAGGAGGGAUGGUUGGAAGCAUCUUCCCUGCUUUAUUGGCUGUGUCCCUCUUUGCGAUCACCGCUUGUUUCUUGAUUCUGUGUACUCUUUGCCAAAGGCUGCAAGAAAAGAUAAUAUGAACUGAUGAAAUGAUUGUACUGCCUGAUGAUGCAUUGCAUCUCUUUUUCGUCAUUCAGGAAGAACAGGAUCCCUCUUCAGGACGGUGAAUUGCUAGCGGAAGCAACUCUAUUGAGACAGAUUGAGCUUUUGCCCCUUAGGGGCUCAGUCACAAAGCUGCAGAUCCUCGACAAGACAAAUUCCAGAGCAAAGAAUCUUAGCCCAGCCAGUGUCAACAUCCAUUGCGAAGACGAUGGGACCGUAUCCAGUUGCAGCUUUGUCAUCCUUCCCCAAAGGCAGCUGCCACAGCCUCCGUCAGUAGAUCUAAUAUCUCCUGAGGAGACUUACUCCAACCUGACCUUCCCAGAACAAACCCAGGAGGUGUUGUAUGAAGCCGUUGACCUGAAAGAAGACAAAUGGGGGGAGCCCAGCUCUGUCGCUGCCAAGGGCAAAGAGGACCAUAGUGUGGCAGAUGGGUACGCCAAGGUGCAGAAAAGGAAGAAGAAGAAGAAUGCAGCCGAGACAGAAGGGAUGCCCAAACAGGCACUACAAGAGUCAAGCCCUACAGAGACGGCUUCAGCUCCUUCAACACUGAAGCUGGAGGAAAUGUAUGCAGUCGUGUGCAAAGAGAAGAAGAAAAAAGGAAAGAACGGUGUGGUACUUGGCGAAAACAGGAGACCCCAAGUGGAGACAAGUCACGGAAAUUGCCAUGUGGCAUCUCUUGCUCAGGGAUCUGAUGGCAUGGCAGAGCAUCCUUCCUCAUUGUUCCAGCCUCACAUGAUUGAACCCUGCUAUGAGUCUGUUAGCUGUGAAUCCUGGGCAGACGUUGGCAAGAAGGAAACCGAAGAACCAGCCUAUGAGACUGUAGAUACACACUGGAAAAAACCAAGGAAAAAAAGAAAGUCAAAGAACAACACUGCAGCAGAAAACUUGUAUGAAAGCAUUGACAACUUGGCAUUUCAGUUCUAGAAUUGAAACCUGACUCCCUUCAGGGGGGUAUUUCUUGAUUGUUGAAAUGAAUAGAUGAACUUAGUGCAAAGUAAUUUGAAAUGCCAUUGCAUGUCAGCUGUUUGUAGCAGUCAAAUACUAAUUUCCACUUCAUGGUAUUUGUCAUAGGCUACGAAAUGUUGGCUACCCUUUGCUAGAUAUUGACAAAUAUUGACUGCUAUGGCAAUAUCAACAGAUAUCAAAUGCGGAUAUUCAGCACUGAAUAUGCAUGGAAUAUUAGUACAUCCAGCAGAUUGGUUUUGCUAUCAAAAUUCACUGUCAAGGAAACUUUUGGAGUGGUGGAGACAGAGGGAUUUUUCAGCUCUAUCUCAAACUCCAGUUUAUUUUGUACUUACCCAAGUCUUGACGCAGCGCUAAGAACUCAGUAUCCUAACCCUACAUAAGAGAGGUUGGGAAAUAAUACUGAUUCAGUGGACUUGCAUUCUCAACUCUCAGGGAGAAAAAAAACAGAAUUCUCCAUUUCUUUGCUUCUAUUUGCUUUCACCUUGCUUUGAACAAAGAAUAGAAACUAUGACUUGUGAAACUAUAAAGAAGCUCCAAUUUUUCUGCAAACGCAUUUACUGUAUUUGUUUUGCAAUAAACAUUAGAACAUGAA